AGCAUUUGUUUGAAAAAGUAAUAAUAAAAGAAAAAGACACUUAGAAGAACAACCUUUUGGAAGCAAAUUUAUAUGAAUGUGUAUCAGUGUGAGUGCAUGAUGAUGAUGUAAGAGAGCAUAUUACAUGACACAUUACCAUGAUGUUCCAUAACCGACCCCUCAAGGUCCCAACACAAAAUUGAGUCAUUCUUCUCACUCUUCUUCUGUGUAAAUGUACAAUGUUCUCCUUUAUAUGCAAUGUGAACAGCAAAUCAUGAUCUCAGACAAGGUCUGAGGAUUCUGCACCAUUAAAAAACCUACACAAUCAUAAAAGAAGGAGAAGGAGAAUUCUGUUGAAUGAUGGGAAUCUAUCCUUCUUCUGCUGAUGGUGGAGUUGUUCAGGAAUAAGAAACAGAACAGGUUGCAGUUAUAGAAAAUCAUAACUUAUGCAAAGGGGAAUAGCAGAAUCUGAUAAGGAAAUAAAAGGAAAAAAAGUAUUACAGUUUGAUCUUUAAACUGAGCAGGGAGAAGAUGUGUCAGACUCGCUUGGAACUUUGUCAUGAGUCUUCUCUUAAAGCAUCCAGAGCAUCUUUUAUCCCUGAAAGACUUGGUGAUAUUGUUAUACUCUUAAUAAGGUUUGGCAUAGUCGUGUGCCUUGUUGCCUCCAUAUCACUCGCUCUCCACUCAGCAUUUGCUAAACCAGACCGAUGGUUCCCCUUACCGGAGCAUAUACAUACUGUACAGAAUACUUCUGUCAUUGACAGCGCACCAACAAACAUCUCACAUAUUCUGUUUGGCAUCGGUGGGUCAUCUAACACUUGGCAUGACCGCAGCAACUACAGCAAACUAUGGUGGAAUCCAAACACCACAAGAGGUUUUGUUUGGCUAGACAAGAAGCCUAAGAUUCUGCGUGAUGACAUGCUAGUGCCAUAUCAAAUCUCAAAGGGCUGGAAGCGGUUCCAGUAUGUGCAUUCAGCAUCUGCAGUUCGGAUUUCCCGGAUAGUUCAUGAGAGCUUUAAACUUGGUUUGCCAAAUGUUAGGUGGUUUGUAAUGGGAGAUGAUGAUACUGUGUUCUUUACUGAGAACUUAGUUACUGUGUUGAGAAAAUAUGAUCACAACCAGAUGUAUUAUAUUGGUGGGAGUUCUGAGAGUGUUGAGCAAGAUUUGAUGCAUUCUUAUGACAUGGCAUUUGGUGGUGGUGGAUUUGCAAUCAGUUAUGCAUUAGCUGCUCAACUAGCCAAAAUAAUGGAUGGUUGUCUAAGCAGAUACUACUACUUUUACGGUUCUGAUCAAAGGGUUUGGGCCUGUGUGAAUGAAAUUGGGGUGCCUCUUACCAGAGAAGGUGGAUUCCACCAGCUUGACAUAAGAGGGGAUCCAUAUGGUCUUCUAGCUGCACACCCUUUGGUACCACUUGUAUCACUCCAUCACCUUGACCAAUUGAACUCCUUGUUUCCCAACCAAACUCAAUUUCACUCAAUGGAAAAGCUCAUCAGUGCAUACCACGUUGACCCUGCCCGGACAGUGCAGCAAAGUUUUUGCUAUGACCAUAAGCAUAGAUGGUCAAUAUCCAUCUCAUGGGGUUACACCAUACAAAUAUAUCCAUUUUUGUUGAUGGCAUCAGACUUGCAGAUGCCAUUGCAGACAUUUAGGACUUGGCGAAGUUGGAAAGACGGUCCCUUCACAUUCAAUACGAGACCAAUGAGCUCUGACCCGUGUCAGAAGCCAGCUGUGUUUUUCCUGGAUGAGGUUACAGAAGUGGGAAAAAGUGGAAGUGUCACUAUCUACAAGAGACACGAAGGCAGUGAAGGGAACUGCACGAGAGAAGGCAUUAGUAACGUGGAAUUGGAAAGCAUUACAGUUUCUGCCUUGAAGCUGGACCCAGAAUAUUGGAAAAGUGUACUGCGCAGGCAUUGCUGCCAACCAUUGGCGGGUGGAAGCAUAAACAAUGGUAGUAUGCAUAUCAGGAUUAGGAAGUGCAGACCUCAAGAAACCAUUACUAUUUAGGAAUCAGAUAUUAUAUUUGCUCGGCAUAG